AUGGCACAAUCCCAAUCGAUAGCUGAAUUGAAGAGGCAGUUGGUUUGCACAGACUCAGCACUUAGAGACUUCAACUGGAAACUCAAUAUGCCUUUGGAGUACUCUCAAGUCUAAAAGGAUAACAAGGUCGUGCUAGAUCACUCGCAGGUUAAGGAAAAUCAAGUUAUAACUAAGGAUAUCAGAGCUCCUCACAUUGAAUUCACAUUCGAGUUAAGCAGUGAUGCGGCUAAAGAGGGCGAUGCACCAGAGAGAAAAGUUAAUGUCAACUUCAAGAAGGCGUAGCUGCAAGCAUUUUUUGAGGAAUUGGAAAAGAUUCAACUCAAGUUAGAUGAGUUAACUAAUUGA